CCCUCGCGCGACAUCAUAUUGUAGCGCCUGAGACGCGAAAUCAAAACGAAAACACCGAGCGGUUUUUGUUGUGGUCUUUUUCUACUAAGUAGAGCAAAAUGCCGAAAGUAAAGAGGAGUCGGAAGCCUCCUCCAGACGGCUGGGAGCUCAUCGAGCCCACUUUGGACGAGCUGGAUCAGAAAAUGAGAGAAGCUGAAACGGAGCCUCACGAGGGAAAGCGAAAGGUGGAGUCCCUUUGGCCGAUUUUCAGGCUGCAUCAUCAGCGGAGUCGAUACAUCUACGACCUUUUCUACAAAAGAAAAGCCAUCAGCAGAGAGCUGUAUGAGUACUGUAUAAAAGAGGGCUACGCAGACAAGAACCUGAUUGCCAAGUGGAAGAAGCAGGGCUACGAGAACCUUUGCUGCCUGCGCUGCAUCCAAACCCGAGACACCAACUUUGGGACCAACUGCAUCUGCAGAGUCCCCAAGAGCAAGCUGGAAGUCGGGAGGAUUAUUGAAUGCACCCACUGUGGAUGCAGAGGUUGUUCUGGCUAAGUGCAGUUUUUGGACAUCCAGGUUAAUGUUCUGUUGGGCGUCAGGGCUCACCCAGCCUCCAUCUGUGCACUCUCAACGCCCCGAAGCAACAUCGUCUUCAUUUCAGUCGCCUGCAUCAGAAACAAAUCGCCUCAGUUUCCCUUGUAGGGGUCAGAAUUUGACUCUUUCUUAUGAACACAGGGAAGCAGAGGUAAACACACUGAGAGGGGCCAUAUUUUAUUACUUACUUUUGUUUUGCGCUGUGUUCUUUUUCUAAUUAAUAAAAGUCAUUGACUCAAAAACCUCAAAAUCGGAUGGUGAGUGUAGCUGUUUCUGGAUCAGGCCCGUCAUUCCAGCUGUCGUGCCCACUGUGAAGCUCAUAUUAAACUCUCAUGUGUUUCAUUUAAAAAGGGCUGGGAGGGAAGUGAAGUUUUGUUUUGAAAUGUCAUUAUUUUAAACCUUAAAACUUU